CGCCAUUCUCGCGAGAGCUCACUUCAUUAUUUAUGCUCACCGUAGAACUAUUGCUCUGAUAAACCCUGCAAGAACAAUGGAAAGUGCUUAAAUGGAUUCACUGAAAAGAAGUACGUCUGUGAGUGCAAAUCUGGAUAUACGGGAGACAACUGCGAAAAAGUCAUCAAUGAUUGUUCUGACGCUCUCCCAUCGAAUGGAAUUGUUCAUAUUUGGAAUCAUGGACCGGAGCUGUUUCGUGUUUAUUGCGACCAGACAAGCGAUGGAGGAGGUUGGACAAUGAUUUUCAAAGUUGUUAGGGGUAUCUCUCUGCCUGUAGUGGGCGACCUUUGGAAUUCAAAAGCCACACAGUCGGAGAGUAUCAGUGCAGCCUUGGACACUACUAACACUUUCGCAGGCCAUGUUAAGAACAGGGUUGUUAUGAACUGGCAAAAAUUCAACCCUAAGGAGGCUCGUGUGGUGCUGUACCAGAAUGGAACGGAAGCCAUCUCCCUUAAGUUUAAUGCAUCUGGAUCGAACAACUUGAACUGGUUUUCACAGGAGCGACUUAUUUCGUCGCCAUGGAACGACCUUAAGGAUGCAACAAACAUAACUCAAUUUGCCAUUGUUGCUCUUUAUUUUCGGUUCUUUGAUAUAGCACUGUCCCGUGGCGGCUGCGGAUAUGAUUCGGGGUGGUUGGUGAUCGCGAACUACCCUGGUUGCAUGUGGGAACAGCGUGACACUGUAAGCAUUCUGUUCAGUACACUGGACAGAGCUGUGACCUGGAUGGAUUACGGGAACGUUGGAAUAGCUGACGUACUAGCCGUGUUCGUCCGCUGAAGACUCCUUUGACAAGUUGCUUACCUGGAGACACCAAAGACAACAGACUUGUUUGAGUGGAAAAGAGAGCCCCUAUGCAGUUUUAAGUUUUACUAGUCCAAUUUAGGAAAAGUGCUUCUAGUGAACUUUGCUGAAAUAUCAAGGAUUUGUGUUUUAUUCUAUGACUCAGUCACUCAUUCAGUCAGUCGGACUUACGGCGGCAGAUUAAACUUGGCAAAUGUAUCGGCUCCAGCCCUGUACAUGUUGGAUUUUUUAAGUUUGCCACACUUCUUCGAAAAAAUGACUAAGGAAUAUUUGAGGGGCUAAUUAUAAUCAUUCAGGUUUUAUUUACUUUGCAUUUACUAAGCAUAGAAGGAGUUGCGACGCGCAGGGCUUUUCUGCCGGUCAGCGGUCAGUCCGUCAAUUCUUUACAUUCUCACACCCUAACAUUCGGUAGUCAUAUUCCACAUAUUGCUCUCUGUACAUUUACUAUGGCACUGAAAAUGAGAAUUUGUUGAGAGCUUCUUUGAAUACAUUCAUUUGCUUUAUUCUUGCUAAGAAUAAUAAUAAUGGUUGAGAUUGCAGUGAUGCUAUGAGGAGAAAUUAAAGGCUGGUCACUCUUAGAGGUUAAAAAAUUGAAAGGCUGGUACGGUUACAGUUUGGAGGUUUUCUAUGACAGUCAAUUGGGCAGGCUUUGAUCGGCUUUUUUCUUUCAUCAAAUUACGUUUCUUUUCCUUGCUUAUUAAUUGAUUGUUAACAAUGGUCUUAAAAGUAUAUACGCAAUCAUCACCUCUGCAACUCCAACAUCAGCUUGAAACAAAUAAGUUGAAAAUAAUCUCUCAACAAGUAAACGAGUAUCGUAAUUAUAUAGCUAUCCAUUUUUAAAGAUAAUUAAUGUAAAAAAAUAUUUAAACCAAAAAUCGGAUUUAGUGAGCUCAAGCCUUCUCCACAUUUAUGAGGUUAUGUUUGAGUGGACGCCUAUCGUUCUACGACUUUCUCCCAUAUCAAUCUGAAUUUUGUUAGCAGUUACGAUCAC